AUGGCCCCUGUUGCAGUAGCCGAGAAUGAUGUAUACAUGAAACCAGUGGACCUUGAAGGGUCUUCUGGUCCCUCUUCUUCUUCUACCACCAGCACCAGCACCACUACUGCUGCUACCUCCUUCAACCAAGACCAAAGCCUGGGUCAUGUUCAGUCGUCCAAGCCCUCAGAGUCUGAUAUGUUGUUCUAUUACAAGCGACUCUUACCCUUUAAACACAUUUUCACUUGGCUUUCUCACUCACCCAAGAUCACAAAGGAUUUCACUAUGCGUGAAUUUGCUUACGAAUAUAGAUCAGGUGCAUACCAACGUUACAACUCCUACUCUUCACUCGAUGAUUUCAAACAGCAAGUGAUCACUGCCAACCCUACUCGUUUUGAGAUUGGUGCAGUAUACAAGGUAUCACCAAAGGAACGCCGGAACUUGCCCAAACAAGCAAUGAAAGCGCAGAGCAAAGAAUUGGUGUUUGAUAUUGAUUUAACCGAUUACGAUGAUAUAAGAACCUGUUGUUCGGGGACUGCAAUAUGUACCAAAUGUUGGAAAUUUAUCCAAGUGGGAGCCGAGAUUUUGGAACUGGCAUUGCGUAAUGAUUUUGGAUUUGAACAUAUGGUGUGGGUUUUCAGUGGGCGAAGAGGUGCGCAUUGUUGGAUCAGUGAUGAACGUGCAAGAAACUUGGAUGAAGGUAGCAGACGUGCUAUUGUGGAGUAUUUGGAUGUCCUAGGUGGAAAACACAGCGGUGUUGGUUCAAAAGGAGGUGCAAAAUUACAUGUAAAGAAACCAAUGCAUCCACACGUUGAGCGGAGUUUUGAAAUAUUGAGAACAAGGUUUAUCGAGAUCAUUUUAGAAGACCAAGAUCCAUGGAUGACCCAUGGUGGAAUGAAAGAGGAAGGCGGUAUUGAUAAUAGUCAAGAUGACAACAAGAGUGAUAACUGGAGUAAAGUUGAUGAAUUCUUACUGUUUAUACCAAAUAAAGAUUUACGCGUUGAACUUAAAAAGAAAUGGAUGACUGAAGCCAAUCUGGGCAAGAUUUCACAUUCAAGGGAAAAAUGGGAAGAUAUAAACACUGUGGCUUCAAAAGUUUUGAAAUCUCAAUCGCAAAUUGCAUACUUGACCGAAGCGAAAAAGGACAUUAUCAUCUACUACCUAUACCCACGAUUGGAUGUGGAGGUUUCGCGUCAAGUUAUCCAUUUGUUGAAAUCACCAUUUUGUAUUCACCCAGGCACCGGCAAUGUGUGUGUUCCAUUUGACCCUAAGAGAAACAUAUCGGGUAACUCAGAUGAUGAUGAUUAUGGGUUCAAUCCAAUGACAGCACCAAAUUUGAAACAGUUGCAAAUAGAAUUGGAAGGGAACAACAGACAAAACAUCAACGUCAAGCAGGAGGAAAAGGAACAAAAAGAAGAUCAAAUAGAAGAAGAAGAAGAAGAAGAGGGAGAAGAUAAACAAUUAAAAGAAUACGAGGUUGAUCGAAAUGUACCAAGUUGGGAACGUACAAGUUUGAAACCAUAUGUUGACUAUUUUAAGAAAUUCGUACUGGAUCUCGUUGCUGAAGAAUUAAAAGGGGAAAAAAGAAGCCACGAGCAGAAAAAUGACCCUUAUGACUACUAA